AUGUCUACGCCAUCCCUCCAUCUGGCCGGAACCGGUACCGUCACUGCUACUCCAGUGAGGGCUCGACAUGAUGCAGCAGAUUAUCUGGGCCUGAGGCGCGACAAUAGGCAGCUAAAAGCUCAAUUAGCGCGGGUGUUCAAUUUUCUGGGCAAAAACUAUCCUGAAGCUCUUGAUCGUUUCACACUGGAGACUGAGUUUAUCUUACCGUUGAAGAUCCAUGCAGCUCCCUUGUCGUCUUUCGGCGUUCGUAACGGAGACACACGUACUCCAGCUGCAACUCUCCCUCAGGCUACGCAUGUUUCGUCCUCGCCCCUAGUCGCAACCUCAUCUGAAUCAAACCCCGGAGCGUCCAACGUCGGACCCAAUGCACCCAUUGUUCGUGUAGUCGCAAACGAUCCUCGUGCGGCCGAGCACCAGCGUGGCCCUCGUCGAGCGAACCAUUCUCGGCAUCGUGAGGUCUCGAACUCCCGUCCCCUUCAAGAAGACUUAAACUCUAACCUCACCCCCACUUCGACCAACGACACUCCCAGUGCUGAGACGGUGCCUGUUGUCGUGGACCUUGGACACGAGCAGCCUCGCGUAUCUCAGCCCGCUUCUCCGUCCUCGCCACCUUCUGUCGGCUCAGCGCUUGUACCAGCCUCUUGUUCGUCGAGUCCGGAAGAUGAAACGGAGGAUGGAAAUGACGACGCGGUCUCUUCGAAAAUAUCUUCUGGCAGGAUGAUUGCGCGGUCUACCCUCAAGAAACGUAGUCGGGAUGCGCUAGAGGAACAAACUGAAGACGAAGCGAUUCCGGAGGCAGGAGCGCUUGUGGCGGACAAGAUAAAUGUGGUUUCACCGAACAAGAGAGUGAAGAUGAACUCGGAUGCUUCACAUCUACUAUGAGACUGUAGGGCUAGACGAGGACUUUCCUUUUUCAUUACCCAUGUGACUGUAAUCGUACGGGUAGCUGAACCAACCGAUUUCUGUAUCAUUCUUGCCUGUCUGGCUACAAGUUUGCGCCAAUAAUCCUCGGAUAUCACCUAGUCCUCUUUAAAAUCCAUAACUUACUCUCCUUUUCAUCUUCCACAAGCGUAGAACUCUCCGAAGCGUGUAUGAAUCCAUCAUUCCACUGCAACCUCCCGGCCCUCUGAGUCAUAAGUGUAAGUAUCUUCAGGCCUUCGAUGCGUCCCAGGUUGGCCCAGGUUGAGUCGACCGAGCCACGGGACUCGAGAGGUACAGUAGAGCAAUGGGUGCGCUAGAUGAGAU